AUGCUUCCACUGAGAAGCGCUGUCAGCUGGCUGGUCUAUGCUGUGGCUGUCGUGGCCUUCGCCCUUGGCAGUCAAGACAAGGUUGGAGCCGCUGACAGCGUUGCCUUGGUUCUGGUGGCCAUUAGCUUGUACCAUGCAGGUUGGUAUUGCGAGUCUUGCUCGCGAAUUGCUGUUGACAGCGAGUGUGGAAAGCUUGUUGUGGAAGAUCUGGUUUCUGACGACGAAGAGAGCAAGCCUGUGACUAAAGAAGCCACAGAGGCACCUGACUAUGCAAUCCUGCGGAUAGGAGGUGAUCUGACGAUCCUCCCGUGCAGUUUGCAAGAGCAGCGGUACUUCGGAGCAGAUUUGGCCGGCAAGUCUCUUCUGGAUUAUCUAUCGCCAGAGGAUCAUCAUUCGUUUCUGUUGCUGCUCCACUCUGAGCUCUGGCACUUGAGGAGCAUUAUUGUUCGCAUUAAGUGUGCCUCGAGUCAGGAAUCUCUGCGUAUCCGCUUGUUCCAGACUGGUGCUCAACCACCCUGGCUGGUCUUUUUCUCGGCCGUUGAUUCCUGCACUCAUGCUCCACGGGGCCUGCCAUCAGUGCCAGAUGAUCCACCUUGCAAGUCCACGGAAUCACUAAGCCUCAGCAUGGCUAGCGGGCCGAGGCUCCCUAGACGGUCCCCUUCACUGCGGUCCGUUCGCUCCAUUCGGUCGGAUCAGGAUCAGACCAGUCCCAGACUGCCCCUUGCCUCCGAUGUGCCCGGGAGCCCUUCGCUUCGCAUUCCAGGCCUCAACACAGGUGCUGAGGCCAGUCACAGUGUAUUCAGCUUGUCAGCAUGCAGCUGGUCUUUCUCCACGGAUGGUUACAAGGCACAGGCACAGGUGAGGUCCUUGAGCGACGGGCAGACGCAGACGGAGCUUGUGUGGAAUGACCUGGGAUGGCAGUGCCGGAAUUGUCAGAAGCCGCCACGACCACCUCAGCCCCCUUCAGAGGCACUUCAGCCUACGCUGUCACCUCGAGUGAUGGGCAAAGCUGCCAGAAACGUGGGUUCAUUCCAAGGUAGCUACAACAGCUACCAGGCACACAUGUCUCCCGAAGAGAGGCGCAAUGAUCAGCUUCUCCGAAUGCAAGGCUGCUGGGUUCUAUGCAAUGGCCCAUCAAAGAUGGUGGGCUGGCUCCAUGGCUUCGUCAUCACAGGCGAGCAGGUGCGCACAACACAGGGGGCAACACUGCUGCAGUAUGAUGACCGCUGCAACAUCCUCUUAGCCGGCGGCGGCUUGGCGGCACAGUUAAGACCAAUCUCAUCUGCUCAACACUAUGCACAAGCUGUCUCAGGCUAUUUGUCUGUGGAUGAGAAUGACAACCUUGUGCGUAAUGGCAAAAGUGGGGGCCAGUAUCUCUACGUGCGCGUCAACGAAGGCAAGGAAUCUGUUUUUGUGAAGCUCCACCCAUG